CCCUGCUGCUUGAGAUAAACAAGUUGACCAAAGCACUUUGCACUUGGAAGCUGGUUGAGAAGACCAGAGUGCGGUAAAAGUGUUAGUUAAUUGCGGCGCAGAUGGGGGAGGGGAACCGGUGUGAUCAAGCGGACUGGGGGGUUGAACCAAGGACGACUUCUUUCCAGUAAAGGGGUGCAUCGCUGGCUGUUCUGUGGACUCUUCCUGUUAAACAAAUCGGACCAUAUAAACAGGUAUAACGCGGAGAGGACGUUCAAACAAUCCACACCGCAAGUCUUGGAUUAGGAUAGAACACCACUCUAUCAAAAAUGAAGCCUGAAAUUAUGUGGAUUUACAAAGCGCUCUUGUGUGUUUUGCUUGCUUUGAAUUCAGAGAGCAGGAAGCAGUCAUUACAGAAGUACCAGAAGAGUGAGGACACCAGGAUGCUGUGUCCAGGCUGCACCCCGGUCUCUGUGGUCAAGAACAGCCAUUCUCUGGAGCACUGUGCCCGGAAAUGUAGCAAGAAUAAGAAAACAUUCACCUGCAGGGCAUUCUUCUUCGAUCAUCAAAACAGGAAAUGCCACUUGCUUCCCUUUGACCGAUUCAUGGAUGGUGUUCAGAAGGAACACAGGGUCAACUUCGACCUUUAUGAGAAGAAAGAUUAUGUGAGGGAGUGUAUCAUUGGGUCCGGGGUGAACUAUAAAGGAAGGAGGGCGGUCACCAAGGCUAAGAUUCCCUGUCAGUCAUGGACUGAAUCUUUCCCCCACGAACACACCUUUCAGCCUGCUAGGCUAGGGAAGAAAGACCUGAGGGGGAACUUCUGCCGUAACCCCAAGAACGAGAGCAGUGGCCCCUGGUGCUUCACAACGGACCCGGAGGUCAGGCACCAGGAGUGCGGCCUGCCCCAGUGCUCCCAGGCAGAAUGCAUGAGGUGUAAUGGAGAGGACUACAAAGGCCCAAUGGAUCACACAGAGACCGGGAAGGAGUGCCAGAGAUGGGACUCAUCCAAGCCCCACAGACACCCUUACCAACCCAAGAAGUAUCCUGACAAAGGGCUGAAUGACAACUAUUGUCGUAACCCUAACAACCGGUUGCGUCCCUGGUGUUUCACCAUGGACCCCCUGACUCCCUGGGAGUACUGUAACAUCAGUGUGUGUGACCCGGGUAACGACACUGGUGUGGAGGCCACGCGGUCCUGUUUCCGGGAGCAGGGGCAGAGCUACCGCGGCACCGUGAGCGUCACGCCGUCGGGCGUUACGUGUCAGCGCUGGGACUCCCAGUUCCCCCACAACCACUCCUACAGUCCGCAGAACUACAAGUGCAAAGACCUGACCGAGAACUACUGUCGCAACCCAGAUGGGGCGGAGAUCCCGUGGUGCUUCACCGUGGAUCCUAACCAGAGACGAGCCUUCUGCACCCACAUACCGCGGUGUGAGAUGGGGAACACUGACGCUGAAGACUGUUAUGAGGACAAUGGAGAGAAUUACACAGGCAAUUUAUCCAAGACCAGAUCGGGAAUUCUCUGUGGACUGUGGGCAAAUCACACCUACAGUGCAGAGGCAAGUGUGGCUCUGGAGAAAAACCUGUGCCGGAAUCCGGACAAAGACAAGCACGGCCCCUGGUGUCACACCACGGACCCCUCCAUUCCGUGGGACUACUGCAAGCUGAAACGCUGUGACAAGUCUCCAAACAUCUCUGACCAUCCAAGAAGCGUCUCUCCUCUCCAAUCCAAGCCGUCGUGCUUUGUACACAAGACCACUCGGCUUGUUGGAGGUGCCCAGGUCCACAAGGCCAAGGAUGGUAGCUGGGUUGUCAGUAUCCAGAAAGGAAACACUCACUGGUGUGGUGGUUCGCUGAUCCGAGAGGAAUGGGUGCUGACAGAUCAACAGUGCUUCUCCUCCUGUGUUCCGGACCUGAGAGAGUACAGUGUACAAGUGGGCCUCCUUCACCUCAACUCGUCCUCGGACCACCCCAGGCUGCGCAUCGCCCACGUGGUCUGCGGGCCCGAAGGCUCCAACCUGGCCCUGCUCAAACUGAUCAAGCCCGCCCCUCUGUCAGAGCAUGCCUUCACCAUCCAGCUCCCAGUGGCAGGCUGUGGGGUCGCAGAAGGAACAAACUGUCUGAUGUAUGGCUGGGGGGAGACCAAAGGUACAGGAUAUGAGGGGGCGUUGAAAGCAGUGAGUCUGCCCAUGGUCAGUAACGACCGGUGUUCAGAGCUUCAUGACAAAAACCUGCCCAUCACCGAGAGCAAAGUUUGUGCCGGGGGCAGGAAAGACCAGGGAGUAUGUGAGAGGGACUAUGGUGGCCCAUUGGUGUGUCAGGAACGUGAGAGCAAGGUCAUUGUGGGUGUCAGCAUUCAUGGGCGAGGCUGUGCCCUUGCCCAGCGACCCGCCAUCUUUGUUAAUGUGGCUUUCUACUCAGGAUGGAUCCACAAGGUUUUCAGACACUACUCCAUGUUGGAGAAAAGCUAUUAGAGGCGGCGCGGACCAAACCGCUCCAUUCGGGAAUGUACCGCUAGCCUGAAAGAUUAGGGAUGGAGCAUUCAGGACUGUAGUAAAUCAUUGUAAGAGGAGGGAUGGAAUAUUUAGGACUGAACCACAAGCCAGGAGGUUGAAGAAUGAUCUCUCUGCCAGAGGAUGUCUGACUAACAAGACCUUUAGGAGAUGUAAGAAUGACUAAACUGACUUCACCCGAAGUGGGAGCUUUGUUGCUGGAUGUCUCCUCAGUUUUCAGGGGAAAACAACCAAGGAAUGGAAAUAAAAGGAGAUCUGAGUGGCUGACGAGGAUGUGAAGGAUUCUUAUAGUAUGCAAAUGUACUAUUGCAGGAACAAGUUGUUAGCUUUAAUUUUAUUUCUUAACAACAGUUUCUGGCACAUGGACAUUUUACUUUUUGUGUGAAAUAUAUACUCUUAUGUCAUAAAUAGGGGUGAGUUGAUUUGUUCUCUCACUGCGCCCACAAGACAAUAGGAAUGGUGAAGACUCAGUAUUGUCUCCUGGAAAAUACUUGAAUAUGUUACAAACCUAAAACCAUCGCCACGCGAGAGGGAACCUAGACAGGACUUGGUACGAUUCAUGGCUACGCUGUCACGCUGAGGGCAUAGCUGAGGGCACAUAGCUGAGGGCACAUAGCUGAGGGCACAUAGCUGAGGGCACAUAGCUGAGGCUAAACGUUACGUGUAAUGGUGAUUGUUCAUAGCCCCCAUCCUUAGGCACUUGAUUAGAGGACUGUUUAGCAAUACGAUAAUAUUCACCUAAUAGAAGACUAGGCGGUUAUACCACCACAAUGCUAAGACUGUAUCAAUCCAGCUAUUUCAGAUAUGUGUCUUGAUUUUACAGGCUAGGAUCUGGGAGUUUGUUUUUGGAAAGAACGUUAGGCUACUUAUCAUUUGCAACUGCUCCCUAUUGUUACUGCAAACAGGUAAUACAUGGGUAACACGUCAGUUUUGGAGGGAGCGCUAGGAGAGGCUGCUUAUGUGCUAACCUGUCGGAGUGGACAUUUUGAAGAUUCUUGAUGUGCGAUUUUAUUGUACAUAACAGUGGAUUUAUUGAGUGUAUUUCUGACACUCUGUGUUAUAAUAUGGGUCUUAUAGAUCUAGGACAUUUCUUGGCUCACUUAGUAAGACAUAAUGGGCGUGGCGUCCUCUCUGCUCUGGAUGUGUUUUGUAUUUAAACAGAUUAGCGCGUAGUGUGCUGUUCAUUUAUUUUUUUACAUCUGGCCCUUGUGAGAAGGCGCCAGAGGGUAAUGUUGACAAAGGGACACGUCUUGCUAAUGGAGGAGUGGAGACGAUGGUGGUUUUGAAUGUUCUAAGAAUACCAAGUGUGUCAAUCAUUUUUCUUUUGAGGUAUACUAAAUGGCAGCACGAAUGACAUAGUAGUGAAAACUGUGGCUUUUUAUUUCUUGCAUGUUCCAAAACAUAUCACUUUGUCAAUAAUUUCUUUUUUUUACAAAAAUUAAAGGCAGUAAGUGUAAUGAAAAAGAAGAAUGUAAGAGCAUUCUUUCAUUGUUCAAAACUACUCGUGAAAUUUUUAUAAUGCUAGAAAGGAGUUUUGUUUAUAUGAUAACUAAUGAUCACAUUUAGUGUAGCUCAAAUCUCUUGAUGGCUAUAUCAAAGAAAAAAUAUUUAUAUUUUUGCUGGCCCCUAACAAGAAUGAUAAUUUCACCAAAUGUCUACUUCCCUAAAAUAUUCAAUGUGUUAGUUUUACCGAUGCCAGUAUGGCCUGUUUAAUGUAUUUUAAUGUCUUUUUUAAAAGUUGACAGGAUAAGUGUACUAUAGAAUCUGCGCAGUGAGCUGUAAGUUUAUUUUACUGUUAUGUAAAUAGGAUGUAAGAUACUCUCUGUAAAAUACUAUUUUUUCACUUCCAAUGUCUUAUUUACUAUGUUUUUUACUUAUAUACGAUCACUCUGUUUGUAAACCUGUAUACGGUUAACUCUAUAAGCUGCUAUUUUUAAUGUGUCGAUGUAGGUCUUAAUUUUUAUAGCCUUUUUUAUAUUCACGUUUUAAUAUAA